GUAGACAGAAGACUUGGAACUAUCCUCAAGGAACAGGAGAUGGCAUCUCUCCCUGUCCCGAGUGUGCAGGCCAUGGUGGCGGCCACCGGUGGAGCCGACGUGCCGCCAAGGUAUCUCCGUCCGGCAGAGGCGGUCGCUGGCGACAGCGAGGCCCAGAUCCCCAUCAUCGACUACCAGAGGCUGCUGCUGGAGCUGGAGCUGGACCGCCAUGGCGAGGAGUCUGCACGCCUUCACGGGGCCUGCCAGGACUGGGGCUUUUUCCAGCUGAUUAACCACAGCGUCCCAGACGAUGUGGUGGAGGGAAUGAAGGCCAGCAUCCAGCAGUUCUUUCAGUUACCCAUGGAGACGAAGAAACAGUUUGCUAUGGAGCGAGGGCAGCUGGAAGGCUACGGUCAACUAUUCGUCUUCUCGGAGGAUCAGAAGCUCGAUUGGGCUGACAUACUUUACCUCUACACACAGCCACAUGAGAGCAGGAACACCAAGCUCUGGCCAGACCAGCCUGCCAACUUCAGAUCGAUGCUGGAUAGAUAUUCUGGUGCUGUCAAGGAUGUAUCAGACUCCCUUUUGGCCACGAUGGCAAAGAAUUUGGGACUGAAAAGAGAAGCGAUCGCUGACAAAUGCAUCCGUGGAGUGCAGUCUGUCAGAAUGAACUACUACCCCCCAUGCGCCCAAGCUGAGAAAGUCGUUGGCUUAUCCCCGCAUUCUGAUGCUGGUCUCCUAACCCUUGUCCUCCAAGUGAAUCAUGUCCAGGGCCUGCAGAUCAAGAGGAACAACAGGUGGCUUCCAGUCAAGCCUGUCCCGGGCGCUUUCAUCGUCAACAUCGGAGAUAUGUUUGAGGUCUUCACGAACGGGAGGUACAAGAGCAUCGAGCACCGGGCGGUUGUCGACCCGAAGGAAGAACGGCUGUCAGUCGCGGCGUUCCACUUACCAAACAUCCACGCCAUUAUAAGUCCUCUGAAGGAGAUUGCGGCACAUGAAGACGAUGGCUACAAGACGUUGGACCACGGGAGCUUCAUGAAGCUUUUCUACACGACAAAGCUCGAGGGGAAGAGCUUCUUGGAGAGGCUGAAGCUAAACUAGCUGGCCAGCAGCUGAAUGCUACCGUAUAUCAGGUAACAAGCCAUAUUGGUGCAGGCACCGUUGAUUCGCGUCCAUGCAUCAUUCUUGUAUCAGAUGCUCAGAUAGUUGACACAUGUAUCGGUUUGCACUUUGCAACCAAUCAUUCUCUGGAAUUUAGUUUCCGAUAGCUAGUCGCCUUGUUAGAGGCACAUAUUUUGUGGUUUCAGUGUGUUCUGUAACUCUGUGCAAACCUUUAUUUAUGUCACCUAAUCGCAUUCGAUAGAUUGUUGUUUCUACCAGUCUAUAUAUCCACUGUUAGUUCCUC